AUGGCUCCUGGGAGGGACCGAGCGAGGGAGACCACCAUCCCGGAGGCGCCGCCCAACCUGGACUAUUCCAUCGCGCUGGAGUACGAUGGGCCGGACGUCUCCAGCGGCGUCGUGCCCGUCGCGCCCGUCAUCGGCCCCGCUGCGGCCCGUGCCCCUGCCAACCCGCCGGCGCGGGGUGCGUCACGGGCUGGUGGUGCUGCUGCUCACCGUGCCGCGGCGCCGCCUGCGCGAGCGAGGAGGGGAAGCUCGCCGUCGGCCGGUUCGGCGGCGGCAGCGGCGCGGGAUGAGGAUGGCUGCUCCGAUGACGAUGAGGAGGAGGACGGCUCCCGCCCGCCGCGGAGUUCCAGGACUGCUGCGCCGGAGGGAAGGCGGCCUCCGGUGGUCACCUUUGGGGAGCCAGAGGAUAGCAGGUACGAGAGCAACGACUUCAACGCGGCGUCCGCCGAGCAGUACGUCGCGGUGACGAGGCCGGCGGUCGAGAGGAAGGGGAGGAGGACCUGCUGCCACCGGUGCGGUAAGAGCAAGUGGGAGAGCAACGAAAAUAUGGCGGCUACGAGGAAGUGGGAGAGCAAGGAAAAUAUUGCAAAAGUCCAAUGCCCCCGUGAUACUCACUUUUGGGUUUACCAUGAUGGCGGCUACGAGGAAGAAGGGCAAAACAACAUCAAAGGGAAAAUAUGGGAGUCACCUUUGGCACGUUUUGCGUGCGCCUUGGUUUCACUACCGGUGCCUCCUACAAACUUUGAUGCGACAAAAGAUGAAGCCCCUUAUUCAUCAAGAACUGUACCAGACUACUUAGAUCAUAAAAGAAUACAAAAGCUUCUUAUUCUUGGAUCACCUGGAGCUGGAACAAGCACCAUAUUUAAGCAGGUCCCACCAAAAUUUACAUCCAUAACGCCUUCAGUUUCCCUAUAUGUUUCUGCAGCGUAG